CAUUCCAUCGACAUUGAUUGUGGGGUACCCAUGUAGUAGACCAUUUUAUAGUGGAUCUUUUAUCACAGAUAAAAGAUGUUUAGAGCCGUCUAAUAUGUAAAUAGAUGUUUCAUUGAUCCAAUUACGUGUUUAAUAACACGUCGCACUACGACGUUAACCGUGCACACGUUGCGUACGUAUUUUGACGUGAAACUCGUCGUGCAUCACAAUGCCAUUCCGAGUCGGAACGAUGGGCGACGUCGCAAUACGUUAUGCGUUAAUAUUUUUUUAAGGAUUACAAACGGCCGUGCACUCUAUAGUUGUACUGUUAUAAACCCGCCGGAGAAUAAUUUGAAAUGGAACGUAAAUCGAUAUAGGUACUUAAUGUUUACACAGGCCGUGAAUUGAUUGACCUUUCUCACGCAUUUACCUGGUUAGUUCAAACAUUUACACAAUAUUUGUUUUUAAUUUAAUUUAAUUUUUUUUUUUUUUCCCAUAUAAGUGUUCGGUGUUCAAAUUCGAUAUUUCUAUUGUUGGCAAAAUAUUUUUUUAUCUGGGUACCUACAAUUUUUUUUUCUAUUUUCCAGCCCACAUUAGCCGUACAUUGACCAUGUAUUUGGACCCAGAUGAUCUAGUGACAUCAAGUUUAAUUGCAUUUCUUAUUGCAAUUAUAGUGUUCGUUUUCAGUAUUAAGGUGUUUAGAUUAUUAUUCCCUGAUGGCAAUGUAGCUGACAAGGGAGUAUCAUCUCAUGUAUGGAUUGAAAAGCCAGCAUACAUAAUUAGUGUAAGUAUCCAAUAGUUCGUUAAUAGGUACUUAAUUUAUUAUGAAAUCACGGAAUAUUGUUAUUCACCUAUAGGAUCCGAAUGCCUGUAUUUUAUGUGAAACGUUGACGCACGGAUCUAAAGUACGCUACUGCGAUCAUUGUGGGAUUUUCGUUGACUUGGGUUGCAUAAAAAAAGCCAAUAAAUUAAUAUGUUGUAAAAUUUUGAGUACCAACAGAUCACCAAAAUUGUUCACACACCACUGGAACAAAUGUAACUAUGGAGUAGAUGCAGUUUAAUACCUACAAAUAUGAAAGUGUUAGGAAAAAUUGUUGCUCUUUUUAUUUCUUAAAUUAUACCGAAAUCUGGUUGAAAUAUGUGACGAAAUCGCCUUAUUAAUGUCAUAAAAUAUUUAAUUUUUUUUGUAUUUAUACGUACUACUAUAAUUAGUGAUUUUUAAAACGUAGAUAAGUUUACAUAUAUAUUUACAAUUUCAAACAUUUCUAAGACUUAAAUAUUUAAUUUUUUAGAAUUGAUUGUCUAAAUAGUAAGAAAAUCCACUGACCACUACCCAGUGGGGUAAAUUACAAUAAUACAAUUUUAUAAGUUAAUAACUUUUUUACAAAUUUAUGCCAACAAACGGAACGUCUCUUAAUACUGUUUAUAUACCUAAAUAUACCUUCCAACAAUUACCAGUUAUAGUCUUACGAGAUAAAAUCUAAUCUUUUAUGAAAUUUAUUAGGGUAAUUUGGUCAUGUUUUUCAAACUCAACACUUAUGUAUUGAGUUUUUUUAAAAAUGAGCAUUGGUUGAUACUAAACUGUGUAUAUUUGUAUAAUUCCCUAAUUAGUUGAUUAAUAUUGUAACAUUCUUUAUUAUAGCUCUAUUAGUUGACAUUGUAUGUUGUGUUUGUUUGUCGGAUGAUGAUACUGAUAACAUUCUCGGAAACUUUUUUCAAUGCAUAUGGUGCCAGCGGUUUUCCCACGAAAAUUGUGUAACUAAAUUUGAAAAGGUACUAAAUUAUUUUUUAAAUUCUUCUAAUUUUAGUAGACAAACUUCAAGUCUAAUUUGUACCCUAAAUUUUAUUUAUCAAAACAAAAAUUAAAAUAAUGUUAUAUGAUUUGAAUUAAUUGUGAAUUGAGAACAUAAAGUUUAUGAGACAGAAUUGUUUUUUUUUUUUCUAAGUAGAUACACUAUUCAUUUUAUUGGUGAUCUUAAAAGGUUCUUGGUUUCAAAAGAUUCUAAUUUUCUACCUGCCAUUAAACUUUACAGCAAUUUUAAUAUGUAAACAAACCUACUAAGUAAUACACGUAUUUAACAUUUUUUUAGUAUAACAGGUGACAUGUAUAUUAUAUUCAAACACAUUGGACCACAAUUACAAUUUAAGAGGAAUAGGUUUUUGAAAUUUAAAACAAUGUAUUCUAUGAACAAUUAUUAAAAAAUGUAAUUAAUUUUGAAGAAUGAAAUAUUUAUACGAAAAUGAUUAUAAUUAAUAAUAAUACAUCAUUUUACAUUUACUGCAAUUGAUUAAUAUCAUUUUUAUUUUUCUAGCAAUGUGAUUUUGGAAUAUACUCUAAAUACAUCAUACCACCAUUCUGUGUUAAAACAAAUAACAGGUUCAAACAUAUUUCUAAGCAGAGUAUUGAUAAAGUUAUUCACCCCGGUUGGGAAAAUUGGACACCAUUAAUUAUAUUUGGUAAGCAAUUAAAUAAUACACAUAGAUAUAAUUUUGACCAUUUCCAAACAUACAUUUUUUUUAUCUUAGCAAACAAAAAGUCCGGUAAUAAUGAUGGGGCUUUAAUAAUAUCACAUUUCCGACGUCUUCUAAAUCCUAUACAAGUAUAUGAUAUCAUUGACUGUCCUCCGGAAAAAUCUUUGGUUUGGCUUAAAAAAUCACAGUUAGAAUGUGUUUAUGUUUUGGUUGCUGGUGGUGAUGGCACAGUAGCUGGUGUACUAAACGGUAUCCAUAAAUUAAACCUUAAAGUAGGUAUUAAAAUUAUACUUUAUUCUAAAAUAAUAAUAAUAUUGUAAUUAUUAUUUUCAGAUUGAUCCCGCAGUGGGUAUUAUACCACUUGGAACUGGCAAUGACUUGUCUAGGAUUUUGGGAUGGGGAACUUCCUAUACUAAUACCGAUUGUUCCGCCAUUGUGGAUUCUUUGGAGAAUGUUUCAAUCAUAAAAUUAGACAGGUUAAGUUUUAAUAUAAAACAUAUUUAUUUUUACGGAGAGAUUUAUAAUUGUUUUUUAACUUUUAUCUGUUAAUUUUUUUAUUAUAGGUGGAAAGUAAAUAUUUUCUCAAAUGUAUUGAAGAAAAUAAAAAUAGUGAAUACUAUCACAAUGUACAAUUAUUUAGGUAUUGGUUUAGAUGCUCAGAUAACAUUAAACUUUCAUCGUACAAGAAAAUCACCAUUGUACCUAUUUAACAGUACAUUAUUCAACAAGAUAAUAUAUGUUGGAUGUGGUACACAACAAGUUUUAGAACAUCAGUGUAAAGGUUUGCCUGAUAUGAUUGAGUUGUAUAUGGAUGAUGCAAAAAUAACAUUACCAGAUAUUGAAUCUAUUGUUGUUGUUAAUAUUGAAUCUUGGGGUGCUGGUGUAAAUUUGUGGCAAUUAGCAGCGAAUGAUGGUAAUGACUUUGGUUCACAGUUUAUUGAUGAUGGAUUGUUAGAAGUACUUGGUAUAAGGUCUUCCAUGCAUAUAGCUCAAUUAAAAAUGGGUAUAGCAGAACCCAUUAGAAUUGGCCAAGCAUCUAAAAUUAGAGUACGUUAUUCAAGUUUGGUUAUAUACAAUUGAAAUGUUAUAUUUGCCAAGUUACGAUUUUAAUUUCCUAAAUUUUAGGUGAAAUUAUUACAAAAGUUACCAGUUCAGAUUGACGGCGAACCCUGGCUUCAGCCCAGGGGCGAGAUUGUGCUUCAAAGAUCUAAUCAAGCUACUGUUUUGAAGUUAUCAACUAUAAUUUGAUUUAGUAAAUAUGUUACUUAAAACAAUAUGUAGAUAUUACCGUCCAUUGAUUAAAUUAAGUUUUAAAUUGCAAACUGUAGGUUUAAACAAUUUUACCACAAGCGAUUAAUUAUUUGUUCUAUUUAACUAAUUUGCUUAGUGAAAAAUAACGUAAAAUCAUAAAAUGGCAUAGAAUCUCAAUAAUAUUAAUUAGCAUAAAUAAAAUAAUAAUUUUAUUAUAUUGUUUUAUUUAUACAUUUUCAAAGAAAAUCCUUUUUAUACAAUAUAGAUAUUUUAAAGCUAUUCUAUUAAUUAAAAAAUGGUUAUUGAUAAUUGGUAAUUGAUAACUACUUCCUCAAUUCUUAUUUGCUAUUGAUAAAGUAGUUUAUAUUAUUAUUGUUGCUGUUGGUUUUUCUUAAAUUUAAUGUUAUAUAAUUUAUUAGCUUUUAAUUUCAGUAUUCAGUUUGUCAAAUGAUAACUACAAAGCUAAUUCAUAUAAAUUACUUUCAUCUCUUCGAAAUAAUAUUAUAUGUAUAGGAACCUAUAGAUUUAUAAAUCUAACACAGAGUUAAAUUAAUUGAAUUUUGACUAAUUUUUGGUAAUAACUAAUAGUUCUUAAAAAAAAAAACAAAAAACACUUAUAACUUUCUCUUACAAGACUGAAUAAUUAAUCCUAAUAAAUUAAAGUGCAAUACAUAAAUAUGACAAAAAAUUAAGUACAUACUAUUAAAAAAAAAAAACCUAAUAAUUUAUGUAUUAUACCUAUACUGGCCAAUAUGCAUGUUUUAACUUUAUUUGUACCAUAUGAAUAUUUUUUCAACCAAAUAUUCAUCAAUCUGAUUACCUAGAUACGAAACCUAAAUAAAAUACUUCGACAAAUUAUUAUAAGGCUUAUUGAUUUUGAUACACUUGUUAUGUUAAUAUUGCGUUGCCAUAUUUUAUCACAAACAUUUUUUAUAGUACAUGUUAUUAAAAAUAUUUAUUUGAAUGACUUUACUGCAGGGUUGAUAAAUAUUACAAAGGUAUUUUAAGAUAUUAAGGAUUCAAUAGAUAUUUGUAUUAGUUAAUGUAUUUAACUUAUUCAAAAUAAAACAACCCUGCUAUAUUAAAAGUACCUUUAAAAUAUUUAACCAUAUUUAUUGAAUCAAUACAUUUUACUCCGGUAUUAAAAAAAAAAAAAAACAGGGUUUCUAUUAAAAAGUAACGUUGCAAAUAUAAAAAAAACUCCUAAUAUAGUUAGUUUCAUAAUAUUAAUUUAAUCUGUUUGGUUGCAUAAAUUUAAAUGUUAUUUUAUAAUUUAUAUAUUUUAUUGUACUUUAUAUAUAGCUAUUUAUAAUUUUAAAUUUUGAGUGUAGUGUGAAAUAUAUUGAUUUUACUGUUUUUUCUAUCUGUUAACAAAUAUUUCCUUACCAGACGACUCGUCCUGGUAGUUAAUUUGUCUAGUUUUUAUAAAAACAUUUUUUAUUUCAUUGUACGAUAUAUAAUCUAUAACAUAUUUAUUGUGUCAAAACCAAAAAUUUACAAUUUAUACAUGAUUCAUAAAUAUUCAUGAAUAUUUAUUACUACAAAAUAUUUCUGAAUUGAAAAACCAAUGAAGUUAAUUUUAAAUGAACAAUUAUUGUCUAUUAUCUACCAUUUUGUAUAUAUUUGUUAAAAACUAGUUAAUAUUUAAAUAAUAUUAUGUUUUAAUAAACACUUACUACCUAUUAUAGAUUAAAAAUAUAAAUUUAUGUAAUGAACCACUAUAUUAUUAUAUUCUUCUUAAUCAUUCCAGUAAUAGAAAAUUAAGAUUCAAAAUAUUAAGAAAAUAAGAUAAUUUGAAAACUUGUCUUUUAUGUAAAUUAUACAAUUGUAUUCUGUUGUGUUAUUAUUAUAUAAGUAUUUAGUAAAAAUUUAAUUGUUUUAUUAUUUUUAAGUACCUACUAUUAGAGAUUUUUAUUUUUAGUUGUUAAACCAUUUAUUUGUAAGUUACUGGGUGCCUAACCUAAUAUAAUUUAUGUUAAAAAUACAACAUAUUAUAUUAUGUUUUGUCAGUAUAUUUUUUUUUUAUUAUUAUCAAAUUAACAAAAUAUAAAAUACAAAAAAUUAAUAUAAUAUAACAAACAAUUAGCCACUUGUUUCAGCUGAGCUUGCGAUGGGACAGGGAGUUAUUAAUAUAUUUAUAAAUUACUUAAAAUACAGAUAAGUAACUAGCAUUUCAUUUAUACAUUUACCCAAUUUCUUAAAAAAUACGAACGUAUUGUUGAUGCAAGUCUUAAUAUUAGUAUUUCCAUUUAAAAUAUUUAUUUUUACAUUAAUUGGCAAAGAGUUAAAUAUUACAGAACCCAAAUAAUUUAUGAAGUUUUGACCGAAAAAUGUAUUUGUAUAGAUCACAUUAUGACACAUUAUUAUUUGUUUCUCUAUCGUGAGAUUAACAUCCUCUUUGCAAAAUAAAAACUAGACUUUUAAUAAUAAACAAAUAUUAUGGCGAGUUUUUUUUUUUUUCAGAACAAUUCAAUUGGUGGCACAUUAAACUGUUUAUAAUUGGAAUAGGUGAGUGUGUACUUUUAACAUAGAUAAAUUAUAUUAUUUUGUUGAACCUUUAUUAGAUCAAUAACAGUUUUAGAUGCAUCACCCAAAUAGUUUAAGCUAUAUUGUAUUAUAAAUUGGUGUAAAUAAACUAAAGACAUGACUAUCCUUCAAGUAUGAAGUAAAACUAUGUAUUUGAAUUUAUGAAGUUUAAAAAUUAGUUAUAGAAUACAAUUUAACUAUUAAAUUGUUGGUAUGUAGAUUCCACCCAAGAUUGUAAUCAAAUAUUUUAUUCUUUUGAUUGGUGAUAUUAACUUUCAGGCAAUACAGUUUACGUUAUGCGGUCUUAUAGUUUGAUGAGUUAGUACAUUUAUGUCUGAUAAUUUCUUUAUAGUAAUUGUUUAUUAAUUUCUGUAUUACAUUUUAAUAAACCUUUAUUGACAAUAUAAUAACUGUAAACUGUAUAAAAACCGUAUAAUGAAUAACGGGCAAUAAUGAUUCGGCAAACAUUUUUCGUAAAAAUUUAAAUUAUCAUUUAAUAGUCCCAGAGUUUAAUUUUAAUGUUAAUCCAUUAUCAGUUAACUUAUACAAGUAAGAUAUAUCCUCAAUUUGAUAUAAGGAUUUGUUUGAAGUGAUCCUCAUUGUACCUGUGGCUGUGUUUGAAAACCCUGUAACUAAUGGUGCUAAUGCCACUCUGAUAUCAGCCAAAUGCGAUGCUAUACACGCGAGUCUCUUGGCCAACUCGUCUGAUUUAUGUUUCCAGCAUCCGAACACAAGUGUCAAACGUUCUUGACAUUUAGCAAAUGUCAAGAAACCAACAAUAUCCUCUAGUUUCUCAGCCAAUAGUAACACAGUGCUAAUGUCGUCUACAAUCAUAUACACAGGACCGGUAGGGUGUCGCUCCAUUAGCUUUUGAGCGCAGGCGACGAGACCACUUGCUGAUGUCUCGGACUCGACGAAUGUAAACCUUUUCUUAUUAGACAUGGACAACAGAUUGUAAUGGAAUUUCAUGCCCACAUUUUGAUAGUGUCCGUAGGUGUCGCGGAUACCUACCAUACAUACUGGACUGUCGGUCUUGUUGAAUAUAUACCACAUGUAAAACGACAAGAUCACGUCACUUUUGGCGGUGUCCGUUUCCUCGAUGCACACCAACCGACGGUCAGGCAAGUCGGGCUUGAGGACCAACUUCAGUUGUUCCAAAACGUCUACAUUGGUCAUAACGGCGAUUCAAAAAAAGUAUGAGAGUAUAAAUCACAGCUACAAAGGCUGAGAACAAUUUUAUUUAAAAUGAUAAAUAGGUACGGAAACAUCACAACUUACAGGCGUCUAGAGAGAGAACAACA